AUGGAACAUGAUUUUGAUUAUAGUCACAAUCCACCAAGUAAUAAUAUUUCAUUUAAAAUUCGACUCAGAAAUAUUAAUCCGUUAUACGAAAAUAUUUUACGGGAAUGGUAUUCGGUCAAUACGAAUCUAAUCGAGAUUAAUGACGUAGCUAUAUGGAACUCAGAGAAAGGAAUCACUAAAAUGGUUACAAAUUCUCUUUACGAAAGAAGAUAUAAUUUACAGAAUUUAAUUAUGAGAGCUAAUAUUCUUAAGAAAAAUGAUGAAUUAGACGGUAUAGUCGGUAAAAUAUUAAAAGAACUUUGUGUUACUCUUAAUUUUAAUUACGAUAUUGCCUCGAAAAAAGAAUAUAGAAAUGGAAUUCAACAAAGAGACUUGGUUUUUUAUAUUACCAAUGACAGAUUGAAUGUCGUUGACUUUACGCUUCCUCUUGUUAUCUCCAAAAGCUGUUUUUUCAUUCGUAAACUAGAAACAUUUACGGUUAAAUGGUCAUCUUAUUUUCUAACUUCCACUCAUUUUGUUUGGAUUUCUAUAAUUCAACUAUUAACUGCUGUGUCUAUCUUACUGAAUUUUUUCAAAUUAAAAACUGAAGUCAAUCGUAAAAUAGGAUAUUUAUUGAUCGAUAAUUUUUUGGAGAUUGGUGGUAUAUUUUAUCAACAAGAACUUGUAGGUUUGAUUCAAUGUUUCUUGAUUCAUGUUUUAUUUGAUUUUUUUAAUAGUUAUAUUUGUACAAAGUAUUCCUCUGAUGUAGAUUUUUAUAAAAACUUCAUUCAACAUGGUACUUAUCAAUUUUCCAUCUUUCGUGCUCCAGCUUAUUAUGAUAAGUUUUUGUUAAUAUUUAUAUCUUUGAAUAGAGGUACAUUCAUCAAUGAACGUGUUAAAUCCUGUAAAGCUCGUAAUUUUCCAAUUCGAGAAUCGGCGAGUAUUUUAGAAGCAUAA